AUGACUUCAGUUCGUUCCCGUGAGGUUGUCACGGUUCGCUUGGGGAUGGUUUCGGUUCGGUCCUGUGAUGCUGAAACGGUGUCUGCAGUGAAGGUUGGACGUAUACAAGUUGAUGGACAGAUUGUACCCAUAUCAUAUGUAGUUCAGUCAUCACAAAAGAUAAGCCAUUUUCUGCACAGGCACGAACCCCCAGUUCUGGCGAACAAUAUUCAGAUUCUCCAUUGUGAACCGGAUGUCUUAACUGUCUGUAAACCAGCAUCAGUUCCUGUGCAUCCAUGUGGGCAGUAUCGGAAGAACACGGUUGUUGGUAUACUUCAAGCGGAGCAUGACUUGGCUCCAUUAUUUCCAAUUCAUCGGUUGGACCGUUUGGUCUCUGGGCUUCUUAUCAUUGCCAGAAGUGCUUCAAAGGCUGACAUUUUCAGGCAACAGAUUGAAUCAGGAGAGGUGAAGAAACAGUAUAUUGCAAGGGUAAUUGGAGAAUUUCCUGACAAUGAGCAAAUAGCUAAUGCGAACGUCAACUACAAUGCCCGUGAAGGAAAGAGCACGGCAGAGGUCGAUGAUGGUUUUAACGGGAACAAUGCUUCUAAGGGCAAGGUUGCUUGUACAAAAUUCACCAGAAUAAGCACUAAUGGAACAGAAAGCAUCGUUUUGUGUGAGCCAAUUACUGGCAGGACGCAUCAGAUACGUGUGCAUUUGCAGUUUUUGGGGCAUCCUAUAGCUAAUGACAUGCUUUACCUGUCUGAAUGUGUUCCUCUACGUUCGACCGAGGGAUCGAGUGCAGAUAGAGCUGCAAAUAAUUCAGGGCUUUUCCCAAAAUCCCGUAAAUGUGAGAGUCAAGUCCCUUUUUCCAUAGAUGAGAGUGUUGAAGAUUUUUCUAUUGAUCCUAUGUGUACCAACUGUCCAAAUCUGGCGCCGAAAGGAUAUGAUGGUCGCGAAGAAGGUUUAUGGCUACACUGUGUUCGGUAUUCCGGGCCUGGCUGGACUUACGAGUGCCCUUAUCCCGAUUGGGCAUCAUUGAGCUAG